CCUCGCGCUCCUCUCCUCCUCUCUGGCUGCGCUUUGGUAAACUAACAGGGAGGUGUUAACUACUUUUGCUUGUCCAAAGCGCCUCCCGUUAUCUCCGGCGCUGCUGCGCAAGAGCCACAGGGGCCAGUGCUGCUGAUAUUCUAUCAACAGAAAAGUUUUCAGUUUUUUGUAAGGAUAAAAAAAAGAAAGAAAGAAGAAGAAGAAGCCGGAAACCGAGGAGUCGUCUGUAUGAAAAGCGGAUUCUUCCACGGCAAGUUUGGUGACCACCCGAAGAUGAAGAGCCAGCUUUGACGACCUGCAGAUAUCCACCCUUCUCAGACCAUUCGGCCUAACCAACAAAUCCAGCAAUUAGGCAGGAGGGAGGGUGUUAUCGCUUAUUACCCAGGAGGAAAGACGUUAUCGAGACCAUUUAUUGUAUUUAUUAUCAGCACUAAACUAGUCCAGACUGUAACUUUUGUGAAUGACAGAACAUAACCAAUGGCACUUAUCAGGCAUGGAAUGAUCUGAACUGAACAGAGUUCAAGUUUAUUUGGUUGGAGGCAGAAUAGAAAACUUUAGUUCCGCUUAAGGGAAAUGAACUGAAUUCAAGCUAACCUGAACAGACAUUGGCUUUAGUCUUUAUUUUCUUCAAUUUUCUUACGAGGGCUGUUGUCACAGCCCCUUCCUUCAAAAAGCCAAAACCUUAAAGUCUCCAACCCGGAUUCCCUUCCUUCUUCAGACCCUUUUCAAGGGUCUUGGACAUUGUUUUUAAUCUCAUUGAGGAGGAAUAAUUUCCUCCUCCUAAAAUCCUUACAACCUUUUUCAUCCAGACAUGGACCUCCACCGGGCAGCUUUCAAGAUGGAGAGUUCCUCCUACCUGCCCAAUCCCCUGGCUUCCCCAGCUCUCAUGGUCCUGGCCUCCACAGCCGAAGCUUCUCGCGAUGCUUCAAUUCCCUGCCAGCAACCGCGUCCAUUUGGUGUCCCAGUUUCUGUGGAGAAAGAUGUCCAUUUGCCAUUUAACAAUGGCUCUUACACUUUUGCGUCAAUGUACCAUCGCCAAGGUGCUGUCCCGCCAGGAUUCCCCAACAGGGACUUUCCUCCAUCCCUCCUGCACCUCCAUCAUCAAUUUGCCCCACCUAACCUGGACUGCUCACCCAUUAGCAUGCUGAAUCACAGUGGUGUUGGCGCCUUCCGACCUUUUGCCUCGCCUCCAGAAGAUCGGGACGGGGCACCCGGAGGGUAUCAGUCUGCUUUCACCCCAGCCAAGCGCCUCAAAGGGUGCCUGGAUGCAGAGUCUUCACCCCAUCUGCGGUACUCUGAUGCUGAAGGGAAAGAGUACGACUUUGGCGGUGCACAAAUCCCUCCUGGAGGCUCCCCCAGCAGCGCCUUGAAAGCAGUGGAAGACAGUGGGAAAAAGAUCUUCGCUGUGUCAGGCCUCCUGUCUGAUAGAGAGACUUCCUCCAGUCCCGAGGACCGCAUUGAACGCUGUAAAAAGAAGAUGUCCUUGUAUGACAGCCAGGCUCCAGUCUGUCCCAUCUGCCAGGUGCUGCUCAGGCCUGGAGAGCUACAGGAACACAUGGAGACAGAGAUAGAGAGGCUAGCCACCAUAUGUCUCAGCAGUAAGAACCCAUCACCAAAGGAUGGAGUGACCACUCCAGGAACCCCCAAGUCCAUGCUGCUGUCGGUGCACAUCAAGCGUGAGGGGGAGUCACCUGUGGUCUCACCCCUGUCGUCAGAGGACGCCCACCACUCCGACAGAUACCAGACAUUUUUACGAGUUCGGGCAAACAGGCAAACGAGAUUGAAUGCUCGUAUAGGGAAGAUGAAGAGGAGGAAGCCUGAGGAAGGGGGCCAGGUAUGUCCGCUGUGCAGCGCCCCAUUGGCUGGGAGCGAGGAGGAGAUGAGUAGACAUGUGGAACAAUGCCUGAUCCAGCGUGAGGGAGCGCUAGGCGACGAUGACUCUGCUGAUAUGGAUGGAGAAAAUGGGCGGGGCUUUGAGGAGUACGAGUGGGCGGGACAGAAGAGGAUCAGAGCCACGGCUUUGCUGGAGGGAGGCUUCAGAGGAACUGGUUUUGCCACGUGUAGCAUCAAGGAAAGCGCAGCGGACAGUGAUGCCGACCUUGACGUGGACGGAGACGACACCUUGGAGUACGGCAAAGCGCAGUACACCGAGGCCGAUAUCAUCCCCUGCUCCGGUGCCGGAGAGGACCAGGGAGAAGCCAGGGAGAGGGAGGCACUACGAGGAGCUGUGCUCAACGGUGGGAUGCCUUCUAACAGAAUAACACCUGAAUUUUCCAAAUGGGCCAGCGAUGAGAUGCCUUCAACGAGCAACGGAGAGAGCAGCAAGACGGACCCCGGCGCUCUUUCAUCUUCUUCCUCCUCCGCCCCACGCACCUGUAAAAACAGCGAGAUCGAAAAGGUAACGGAGGAGGAGUCCACGGCAACCACCAUGGAGGCCCUCAAGGCUCGAAUCAGAGAGCUGGAGAAGCAGAUACUUCGAGGAGACCGGUACAAGUGUCUCAUCUGCAUGAGGAAGCCUGCUAUCCAGUCAGGCGCAGAGAUCAAGAGCAUAGGGGCCAAUGAGGUCGGAGAGAGGCAGCCUAAGUCCCUCCCCCUCGGCCUGUAUUGCCUGUACAGGGGCCUUGUGAUUGGUGGCUACGGCAGCGGCAUAAAGAGGCUCCUCCCACAGCCCUUACGGAGGGACUCCUACACGAUGCCGCUCACCUCCAUCCAGUGCUGGCACGUCCACUGUGAAGAAUGCUGGCUCAGGACUUUGGGGAACAAAAAGCUGUGCCCACAGUGCAACACCAUCACCUCACCUGGAGACCUGAGGCGUGUUUACUUGUAAAGAGCACAACCCCUGCCUUCGUCCUUCAGUCCCAUCCCUCCAUCCUUCCAUCCUGGAUUUCAUCUCCC